AUGCUGAUCGAGUCUGGAGACGAGCGAGCCGACAUCACUGUGAUAUUCGGCUGCUCAAUUCCCCAGCAGAGAGACAGACAGCGCAAAGAUAUCAGAGAAGAACAGCACCAAGCAGCCAUCUUGGUCCUGUCCACCAUGACCAGCCUGUAUCCCGCGGGUUCAUCUGCUUCUCGUCUUCAUCGUCGUCGUCCUGGCCUGCCCCUGAGCGAGCCUGGCUGCGGCUGCAACUCCCUCCUCCCUCCUCGUCCUCAGCACAGCCAAAGACUCGAAUAA